UUGAAAAGAGGAACCAGCCCUGAUGCAUGCUCUAGCUGUAUGUCAGCCCUCCCCUUGCCAUCUUAAGGAGGAUCUUGACAGUCUGAGAGUAGCUGUCAGCCAAACUGUUUCAGCAAGGCAGUGUCACCCUGAAGACAGAAAAGGAUCCUUUGAGAAUGUCAAGCUCCCUGGUUGUGUGUGAAGUGGAUGAAAGUCUGAAAGAGAAACUGAAAAAGUUUAGAUUCCGAAAAGAGACCAACAAUGCGGCCAUAUUAAUGAAAAUAGAUAUGGAGAAACAACUUGUUAUCCUUGAGGAGGAAUAUGAGAACAUCUCACUGGAUGAGUUGAGAGAAGAACUUCCAGAGCGGCAACCCCGAUUCAUUGUCUACAGCUACAAAUAUGUCCAUGCUGAUGGGAGGGUGUCUUACCCACUGUGUUUCAUUUUCUCCAGUCCAAUGGGAUGUAAGCCAGAGCAACAGAUGAUGUAUGCAGGCAGCAAAAAUCGACUGGUCCAAGCUGCAGAGCUCACAAAGGUCUUUGAAACAAGAAACGCUGAUGACUUGACAGAAGAAUGGCUGAAGAACCAGCUGGCAUUUUUUCGCUGAAUCUGCAUCUCCCGUAUCUCCGAUACUAUCAGUCUUUCUUUGUGAAACAUGGCUAUCGAUUUUCAUUUUUAAUUGUUGUGCAUGUUAUUACUAAUAAAUGUACUGUAUGAAAUCAA